CUACGGCGUUUUGAAUUGGCUGGCAGUAUGUGAAUGUUGUUGUUCUGCGGUGCUUUGAUAACUGGUGAGAUCGUGCAUACUGUAUCAGUCUGUCUCCGACCUGGGAAAAUAAUGCUUUUAGUAACUAUGACGGCUAACAGAGGUGGGCUCGGUCCUCUGUCCUUAUCCCCGCCAUGCUGUGUGUGUGUGUACGUACUGUGUUUGAGUAUGUGUCUCUCUAGGCGUGUGUGUACCAUGGGGUCCUGUAGUAAAAUCCCCAGAGGGCAAGCAGUAAUCAUGGGGUGAGGCUAAUGUCAGAGCAGCAUCAAAGACCCUUAACUGGAUACGUACGUUAACCCACUCUGACAUCUAGGGCAUGUUGACUCCUGCGUCCCUCUCGUUCAGUUUUUCCACUCCGACUGUUGCCUGCAUUUGCAUAGCCAUGCGGAAAAGAAAGCUCAACGAAUGUGCUUACCCAUCCGAGAAGGAAGAACAAGCUCCAUGGAGUCCCCUAACUUGGAGUUUGAGUAUGGGGACACAGACAGCCUGACCACUGAACUCUCAGAGAUAUACAGUUACACGGAGGAGCCCGAGUUCGCCCUCAACAGGGACUACUUUGAGGAGGAUUUCAGGAGCCAUGUGCGGGGGAGGAGGUGGAUUGAGCUGGGUCAGGAGCAGCAGAAGGGCUAUGUGAUGAGACUACUAGAUGCUCUGGAGGUCACUGACCGGGACAAGAGGCUGAAGGUGGCCCGGGCCAUCCUCUACCUGGCACAGGGGGUGUUUGACGAGUGCGACACGGACGCAGACGUGAUCCACUGGUCUCGCCACAACGUGUUCCUGCUGUAUGACAUGGGCAUCUUCACCGCUCUCCUGGAGCUGCUGAGCAUGGAGAUGGAUAACAACCAAGCCUGCAGCAGCGCAGUGAGGAAACCUGCUAUCUCUCUGGCGGACAGCACAGAACUCAGGGUCUUGCUAAGCAUCAUGUACCUUAUGGUGGAGACCAUCCGUCUGCAGACAGAGGAUGACAGACCAGAGUGGAGAACUGCCAGAGAGGCCUUCAAGACCGAACUGGGUUCUCCUCUGUACAACGGAGAGCCAUUUGCCCUGCUGCUCUUCACCAUGGUGACCAAGUUCUGCAGUAUGCACGCUCCACACUUUCCCAUGAAGAAGGUCCUGAUGCUGCUCUGGAAGACCAUCCUGUUCACCAUGGGGGGCUUUGAGGAGCUCCAGGAGAUGAAGGUUCGAGGCAGAGAGAGGCUGAGCCUGCCCCCCCUGCCUGAGGACAGCAUCAAGGUGGUCCGGAGCAUGAGGGCAGCCUCUCCUCCAGCCUCGGCAAUGGAGCUCAUCGAGCAGCAACAGCAGGCCAAGAGAGGACGCCGCAGCCGCAGGAGUGCCUUUGUUGAUAGCUUGGAAGGAGACAGUCCCUUUCCCAAGAAGCAGCCCCUGGUAAAGCAGGAUAGCCUAGACACGUACAACGAGCGAGACCCCUUUAAGAACGACGACGCACGAGACGAGGAGGAGGACGGCGAGGAAGCCGACAGUGGCAUCGAAGGCGAGGUGGACCCCCUGGACAGUGAUGUCAUCAUCCAGCCACCACCCCCACCGCCCCCGCUCAGACCCCCCACUGAGAGAGCGUCCCUCCCCAAGGGUCUGCCCUGGGCCCCCAAAGUCAGAGAGAAAGACAUCGAGCACUUCUUGGAGACCAGCAGGAACAAGUUCGUCGGCUUCACUCUGGGAAAUGACACAGAGACACUAGUCGGUCUUCCUAGACCCAUACACGAGAGUGUGAAGACCCUUAAACAGCACAAAUAUGUCUCUAUAGCCGAGAUGCAGAUCAAGAGGGAAGAGGAGCUUCAACAGUGCCCCAUGACCCUGGGAGAAGAGGAUGUGGAUGAGACGCCCACAGAGAUCCUGUAUCUGGGAAUGCUUCCUAACCUGUCUCAGUAUGUGAUUGCCCUUCUGAAGCUGCUGCUGGCUGCAGCACCUACCUCCAAGGCCAAGACGGACUCCAUCAACAUACUGGCUGAUGUGCUGCCAGAGGAGAUGCCAAUCACGGUCCUCCAGAGCAUGAAGCUGGGUAUUGACGUGAACAGACACAAGGAGAUCAUUGUCAAGGCCAUCUCUGCACUUCUGCUCCUGCUGCUCAAGCACCUGAAACUCAAUCACAUCUACCAAUUUGAGAUUGUCUCUCAACACCUGGUGUUCGCUAACUGCAUCCCACUCAUCCUCAAGUUCUUCAACCAGAACAUCCUGUCUUACAUCAGUGCCAAAAACAGUAUAUGUGUGCUGGACUUCCCUCACUGUGUGGUCCACGAGAUGCCUGAGCUCACGGCUGAGAGCUUGGAAGCUGGAGACCGUAAUCAGUUCUGCUGGCGUAAUCUCUUCUCCUGCAUCAACCUGCUGAGGAUCCUCAACAAGCUGACUAAGUGGAAACACUCCAGGACCAUGAUGCUGGUGGUGUUCAAGUCUGCUCCCAUCCUGAAGAGGGCGCUGAAGGUCAAACAGGCCAUGAUGCAGCUGUAUGUCCUCAAGCUGCUCAAGAUCCAGACCAAGUACCUGGGCCGCCAGUGGAGGAAGAGCAACAUGAAGACCAUGUCAGCCAUCUACCAGAAAGUACGACACAGGCUCAAUGACGACUGGGCCUAUGGCAACGAUAUCGACGCGCGGCCGUGGGACUUCCAGGCGGAGGAGUGCGCCCUGAGGGAGAGCAUCGAGAAGUUCAACAGCCGUCGCUACGACAAGAACCAGAACGGCGAGUUCGCCCCGGUGGACAACUGCCUGCAAAGCGUUCUGGGCCAGCGCGUUGAGCUGCCGGAGGACUUCCACUACAGCUAUGAAAUGUGGCUGGAGAGAGAGGUGUUUUCACAGCCUAUCCAAUGGGAGGGUCUACUACAACAGGCCCGGUGAGGGGGGAGGACACGCAUACCAGGGACACAAGCCUACGACUACUGUGAUCUUCAUGUAAAUAUGUGGCAGAAAUAGAACAUCUGUUUUGUAAUCACCUGUAUCCAUGCAGAAAUUGUACAGUAAUGGUCUAGACAGUAAUAAUGAUGUCAUGGCAACUUGGCAGGAGCAGGCUCUUACAGUACAACUAUGUGGAAUACUGUUAUUAUUCUGUUAGUCACGACAACCAAUCCAACCACUCACUAUGUCCACUAUAACCACCAGUACAUUUUUUUCUCACUCAAUUUGGUUCACUUCUGUGCUUUGUGGAAUAAUGAAUUUCAUAUCCAUGGCAUGUCCUCUUUUUUUAUCAUGAAGAUGUACAUUUGAAGUACUGGCACUAUGUUUAGUUUAUGUUGUAAUGUUUUACAUGUGUAUUUAUUCAUGAUCACAGCCAUUAUGUUUCGGUAUGUAAAUCUCAUAGCUGCAGAUGAUAUUGUGGUUGAUAUUUCUAGAAAAGAAAUGCCUAUUUGUAAAGAAAGUACUGUGUAUUAACAGGCUAACGAUUAAUGACCUUACUGUGAUUGUUUUCAAUUAAAAUAGCAAAGGGGAAUUUCUCAAGCAAGAAUUUAGCCAGGACUGUUUGGAGUUGGUCUGAGUAGGGAGGGGGAAAUGAGCUGUUAUUGGUAAACAGGUUUUGAAGUAAUUUACCCCGCCUGUGGAUGUCCCCAGGCAGACUAAAACUCCAUCCUACCAAAACAAGAAGAAACAGCUGUUACAUUUCAAGGGCAUUAUCAUAAUUUUCACAAUUUCACAGUAUUAUUCCAACCUCUGUGUGGAAAUAUAUAUAAAACACAGGAAAAUCACGUUUUUGGGAGAAUUUAACAUUUCCCCUUUCUAGAUGAAUAGUAUUUUCAUUUGUGUAAUCACAAACAGAUAUUCCUGUAAGUCAUUGAUCAUCAACUAGAUUCAGCUGCGGGAUGAUUUUUUAAAAACUUCUUCAACGGAUGGUCAGGGUGCUGAAACAUAAUUACAAAUCAUUUGUAGACAUAGUAUUUUACAAAGAUAAUAAACGUGCUUACAUUUGUAUACGAUCACAUCUCUCUAUUAUGCGUGGGAAUACUUGGCAAACCGAUUUCCAAAAUUAAAAUCACUUGGACCUGAUUUCCUAGUGUUUUUCAUGUCUAACAAUGAGAAAAAAAUAAGAACUUGGAGGGGCAAAUAAAAUCUCCCACUGUCCAAAUUCGGCCCACGGCCAGCCAGUGGGGGGGAACCCUGCUGUUAGUAGUAUGUGGCAGUUCAUUUAUGUUUAUAAAGGUCUGUGAAGCCUUAUGCCAGAUAGAGAGAAAAUAAAGGAUAAGGACACAGGCAAACCUUUUGAGGCUAAGCUGAAGGGUUUGACCAGGGAUUUGGAGGCUUGAGGGGGUUCAUCGGCCCAACGUGGGGAGGCAGUCUCUGGGUAAAUCGAUGAUAGUGUCCCUGACUCCCUCUGGGACCCUGAAGUCCUGUGUGCUUCACUCUCUGUCCUCCCAAAUGUGUAAUGGCUGUGUUGGUUAAGCCCUCAGGCCACCUCAACUUCCACAGAGCAGCACGGCAGCCAACCUUGAAUAACCGCACAACGGCUGAAGGGCUACAAGUGUCCUUGUGAGUCUAUGCUCUCCCUCGCUGAAUACACAGUAGUUGUCACACAAUGGUGUUGAUUUUUAUGAGAUCUGUUGUCUUGUCAAUUUAUUUCACUGUAAAGUAGAACUACCCUGGGCUGUCAAGGCCAGUACGUAUUCUCUGGUGAGUGUCCUGUAACUUUCUCUCAAGGUUAUGGAACAUUCUCUGAUGACGCAAGCACAUAAGACAUGAUCAUGGUCACUUUUUCCUACUUUUUCCUACUAUCUAGUGUAGACGUUAGUGUCUCUCUCUGGAGAAUUUGUGUAGGCGGUGGAGAUGUACUUGGUUGUAUUAUCUUUGUAUUGAACAAUGAUUGUGUAACUGAAUUGUGCUUCUUCGAGGAAACUAAGUCUGCAUGGCUGCAGUUUUAUCUUUCUGUUUGAAUGUGUCCUAUUUAAAAGUGUGUUCUGAAAUUUGAUACAAUAUUUCAAAAUGUGACUUGUUAAAAUUCUGUUUUUAGAACACAUAUUCAAAAUGUACUCUCACUCACCAUUUUGGUAUAUGUAGGGUGUUUUGGUAAAUGCACCUACAUUCUUGUCUAUUGAGUCAGCACAAUCUGGGGUAUGUCUCAAAAGUCAUGUCAAGUUUGUCCUACACAGGUGAAGAGAAUGUCAUUUGACCUUUUUAUUCUGGGUUUUCUUGAAUGCAAAAUAUGUUUUUUUUUAAAUAACUGCUUAUCUUGAGGUUCUCAGGUUUUCAGUAUGUACAAUAAUUCUAAAGUUCAGUUUGUACAACUAUGGCUUCCUCCUCACUACCUAUACAGUAUGUAAGUAUGAAUGCAACUAGUUGACUUGCAAUAACAUGGUAAUAACAAUCUAAGCAUUGAAAAGUAGUCUACACUUGGAUUGGCACAAAGAGUAACCCAACACAAUGUUGAUCAUUUCUUUACACUUUUGUUGCAGUUACAACUUUUUUUCAGAAACCCUAACCUCAUGUGACAAAGUAAUGAGUGGCAGUUUUGAUUAGGAAUGAAUGCCUUACUCAGAGCACCUCAUUCAAAACAACGCAAUAUCUUUUUCUACCUGAAAUUGUACAAUCACUGGAAAUACUCUACAGUACAUGUAUGUAUGCAUGUUUGUUGAGUUCUGGCACAGUUGGAGGAAGUGUUCCUAGAUGUGUUUUGCAGUGUUUGGAUAUUUGUGUUUUUGUCAUACUUCUAGUUGACUGUAAUAAUAAUCUUGAUUUUGUUCAGGGGUAUGUACAAUCACUGUCUUGUACAAAGGUAUUAUUCUGUGGAAAGACACAUCAGAGUUGAAACUUGUAAAAUUAUUCUGUCCUUCAUAUUCUGUAUCUUCUAAAUAAAGAGAUCACUGGUUUUAA